AUUUAUUAAUAACAAGCACAUGCUCUAAUAAUAGCUCUAGGAUCGAUAUAUAAAUGCAGUUCUCGUUACGAAAAUAUAGAAAUGUGAUCGUGUUUUUCAUCUAACCUAAUUUCCUGCUUUUCUAACGUAUCCGUUAUUGCAGCGCUGUUGUGUUUGUAUUUAUGUACAUACGUACAGUCUGUUGUUUUUCUUUGAUGAAAAAUAUUAUAAAAAUACAAUAAAAGUAAAAUUAAAUUUGGUUAAAAAUACACAAUAUUGUAAAAUUUCAGCAAAAUCGGAGAGGAUGACGCUCUCCUUCAUCUUUUACUUUAAACUUUUCUAAAAAAGAAAACAUUAAUAUACAAUGGAAUCUGAGGAAGUGAUAGAUGUUGUUAAUAAUUCACAAGCCGAUAAAAUUGAUGUCAUUGAUUUGACUAAGGAAUCACCAGUAUCUAAUAGACAAUUACAGUACAUAGAACCUCAUAUACUUCGUUUAUCCAUGGAUCAUAGUACGGCUGAAAGAUCAAACAAUCAUCGUGCCAGAGUUAUAUCACCCACGUAUCUAGAAAAUAUGAUUCCUCCCCUUCCCGAUUCUAUUUUGGAAUUUCUAAAUGCAGAAUUCAGACAGCAGCAGCAAGUCCAUCGGAAUCGUGAUAGAGAACAUACGAGACACCGUAUGAGACGCAGAGAGCUAACCGAGUCCCGUCGGACUGCUCGACAAUUACAAGAGACUAUUGAACUCGAUGAUAGUAGUAGUUCUGACGAGGAAAACACACGCAAGAAUUUCACAGUCGAGUCGGAUACUGGAGAGUCAAUAUCCUUAACGUGUCCGAUAUGCCUUGAAUCAUUAUCUUCCAAGCAGAAACCUACUGUCACUAAAUGCGGACACAUAUUUUGUUCCACAUGUUUGCAGACAUCUCUUCGUAGAUUUAAGAAAUGUCCGACUUGUAAAUCAUCCGUGAGUUUAAAAUCUUGCAUUCGUAUAUAUUUUUAAGUUAUUAUGCUACACGUGUGAACAUAAAACUGAAUUAAUUAAUCAUUUCCAUAAUUCUUUACGAAAUAGAGUAAUUACUGUUUUAACAUAAUUUACAUAAUUUAAAGAUAUCUUCACUCUGCUUCAGUUGUCUCUUUCCUUUUUUGUACUUGCCUAAAAUUAUUAUUAGAACGCUAAAAAAAUGUUUCUGAUAUAUAUUUUUUCACUUUUCAAAACUAGAUUUAUAACAGCUAAGUAGGUGUUUGUUAUUUAAGAAAAAGGAACUUAUCAAAUCUCGAUUAUUAUAUUUUCUUACAUUAAAAUGGAAUUUGACGUAUUGUAAUACUAUUGUUCGUGGCUCAAAAUAUCUUGCCUUACUGACACAAAUAAUUGAAUUAUUCAAUUACGUUAAUAUCUGUUUGGAUGCAAUAAACUAUGCCUUAACUGAAAUGGAGUCUUUUAAAUGCAUGACAAAAAUUUGUAAUUACAUUUAGUGUUGACGUUUGCGUAACAAGUUACAUAGUCAGCUUAUAAAUAAGUUUAGUUAUUUAUAUAAUAAUAUAUUUGAAAGAGGAAAUCACAUAUUUUUUUAUCACAAUAUUUAUAAUAAAAUAUUUUUAAAAAGAAAUUUAUUUUCCAUUUCAAAUAUAUAUAUAUAUAUAAAACUGCAUUAAUGCAUUAUGUUUAAAAUUAUUUAUAUUUAGUAUGUUCUUCAAUUUAUUAUUUCGAGUUGGACAAUUAUAUUCUGAUCUCGUUCAGAAUAAAAUAAUUGUCAUCGUCUACAUAGCAAGCCGAGAUAUAAAUCUGUAGCAUCUCCAAAAUAGUGAUGUAAGCUAAGUAAUUAGAAAAGAAAUGAUAAAAAAAUAAUAUUAAUUUUACGUCGGUGCUGCGAUAGGAGUAACAGGUCUGAAAAAAGGUUUUUAACCAAUUUCAAGUUUUAAUUUUUAAUCUGUCAUAAUAUGAGCACGUGCUUGAAGUGGGCUUACUUGUUGGAAAAUUCUUGUCUGUAAACACUUUAUCCAGUGAUAGUAGAAGUAAGUCGUUCCAUAUGUUUCAUCUCUGAUUAUUGUAACAUUAUUAUUAAGCGUCUUUGUCACGUCGUGUAUUUUUACACUAUAGAAUGUAGAUGAUUGAACUCCAGUUCACCAGACUAUCAGCGAUACAUCCAAAGAUAAUAAUGUUUUUAUUAAUAAACACAAACCACGUUUCCAGAAGUGGUUUCCCGAUAUAGAG